UGCAAAGGGCACAGAUUUUUGGCAAGGGUGGCUCAGGCAUCCCGCUCGGAGGCUGAGGUGAUGCUGCUAAUUAUAAGCCAGGAGAGCAAAGCUGUAAGAGUCAGGGCGAAGGUAUGCCGGGCACGACGUCAGCCCUGCCUCUCCUCACGGAUGAGUAACAAGAAUGAGCUGGAACGGGCUGGAAAGAGCUGAGCUUUUCUCCCGAGGCUGACGUAAUGUGCGGGACAAUGCCACGCCUCCAGGGAAUCGGGUAUAAAAACCUCCGGCGGCAGCAGCGAGGCAGAACGCUUCCAGAUCACUGGAAAGAGAACAGCAGCAGCAGCAGCAACAACAACAGCAGCAGCAGCAGCGAUGCUUUGCCGGAUGCACCUCGCACCCUUCGCCUCCAGCUCCCUGGCCAGCCGGCUGGGCACAGUGAGGACCCUGUGGCCGCACGCAGAGACCAUCUUCACCGAACUGCAGCAGGAGAUGGAGAAAGCUCGGGAGUUCAUGAGCAGCUUCGAGCAGCUCCUGAGCAACCACGGAGCCAUGGCCAUGGAGCAGAGCCCGAGCAGCAGCGUGAGCCUGAGCCAGAGCUCCGGGGACGGCUUCUCUGUGUGCCAGGACGUGAAGAACUUCGCUCCCGAGGAGCUGUCGGUGAAGGUGGUGGGCAGGAAGGUGGUGCUGGUGGGGCAGAAGGAGACUCAGAACGUCGAUGAGAAGGGCUCCUUCUCCUACAAGUACGAGGUGCUGAAGCGGGAGUGGGACGUGCCCGAGGAGGUGGACGCCGAGGCGCUGACCUGCUCCCUGUCCAAGGACGGGCAGCUCCGCAUCGAGGCCCCCAAGCUGGCACUGCCAGCUGCUCCUGAGAGGAGUGUGCCCAUCCAGGUCAGCCCUGCUGCCCCACAGACCGGACCAGCUUCUGAGAACGGAGCCACCAAAGCCCAGGUGUGAGAGGAUGGGACCCAAUGGCCACGGCAGGACCGGAGCAGACAGGAGCAAGUCUCGGGUUUAAGCCCAGACAAGCUUCAUCAGCAAUGAUGCCAUUUUUUCACUAAACUGGAAUGUUUUUGUAACCAAUAAAAAUACUUUUGCAUUGAA